AUGAGUAAUGUACUUGUGAGCUGUGUGUUAUUUUGCAUUCUUGCUUCAACAGAAUUUAGAAUUGGUUAUGGCCAAACGACUUAUAAUGUACUCGACCAUGGUGCAGUUGGAGAUGGCCAAAGAGAUGAUUCUGAAGCUUUCUUGAAAGCAUGGAACGCCGCAUGUCUAGAUAAAGGGACACCAAGACUUGUAAUACCAGGGGAGAAGACAUUUUUACUUCAACCUACCAAAUUCUCAGGUCCUUGCCAGUCCAGCUCCAUUCAGGUUGAGAUUUCGGGAAAAAUUGUGGCACCCAGUUCAGAGGCCUGGAAAGAGUGUGCAAACCCUUGGCUAGCCUUCUUCCAGGUGACCAACCUCAUCGUCAGUGGAUCAGGAGAAAUCAAUGGCCAAGGUUCCUCUUGGUGGGCUAAAUAUGACCAACUUAACUAUGUGAAUAAGGUGCAAUGCGAACGACCAAAGGCAUUAGGUUUCCGCCGAUGCGAUAAUCUUCAAUUAAGUGGACUUACUCAUGUUGACAGUCCAAAAACACAUAUUUCCAUAAAAUCUUGCAACAAUGCAACUGUCUCUUAUCUUACUAUUAGGGCACCUGAAGAUAGUCCGAACACAGAUGGAAUGGACAUAUCUAUGUCAAGCCAUGUCAAUAUUCAUGAUUGCAAUAUUGGAACCGGUGAUGAUUGUAUCGCCAUUAACAAUGCGUCAUUCUAUGUCAAUAUCAACAACAUCCAAUGCGGACCAGGUCAUGGAAUUAGCAUUGGAAGCUUAGGCCAAAAUGGAGCUUAUGAAACAGUAGAAGAGGUACAUGUACAAAAUUGCAGUUUCACUAGUACAAUGUAUGGAGCCAGAAUCAAGACAUAUCAGGGUGGUUCCGGAUAUGCUAGAAAGAUAUCGUAUGAACAAAUCGCCCUUAGAACUACUAGGAACCCCAUUAUUAUUGACCAAUUCUACUGUAAUGGUCACUUUUCUUACAUGAUACAGACUUCGGCCGUACGGGUGAGUGAAGUGACAUACAAUGGGUUUCAUGGAACUUCUGAGAACGAGCAAGCAAUUACAUUUAAUUGCAGCCAAAGUAUAAGUUGUGCCAACAUUGUGAUGAAUCAAGUGAGUAUCACUUCACCAGUUCCCAGUGAGCAGCUAGCUAAUUCAAUGACACCCAACUGA